UAUAAAGUCCUUAAGGCAAAUUGUGUAUAAAGUCGCAGAGCCGAGCUGACAGGAAAAGGGCCAUUAACCCCGCACCCCACCGACCACGCCGCAUUUCGCACUCGUAUGCGUAGCGCGGCUGCCGUCAAUCCGCUGUCCUUAGAACCCCUUUGGAUAAACCACCGACUGCGCGGGAGCGAGAUUCCUCGGAUCUGCGCUCGCUUCGGCUUGGCAAGAAGGGCGUCAGAUACCGCGCACAUAGGGAGAAAGAGAACAGGGUCGGCUCGAUCACUGACCAGAUGCCGCGGACAGGAGAACCGGCGAGCACCUGCAGAAGUGGCAACACCGGAAAUUGGCCGAUACGAAACGCAUCAAAGUCUAGGGGUCUCAAAGCGUCGUUGAGAUCGAAAAAAUGCAUAACGGCGGCAAUCGCCGUCACGUUCGCGUGCGUCAUGUGGGCCAGCUUCCGCAGGCAAGAACUAGGCGCCAUUAGUAUUUAUGUUGCAGGAUUCGCGAGCGGACUCUUAGUGCUUGAAGUAUUUGUGUACAUAAGGCAGUGCACCAAAGUGUGCCGGCCGGUAUCCAGGUCUGCCGCUUUCAUGCUCUUUGUUCAGGUGCUAGAAGCGGUCUAUCUGCUGUACCUCGUGUUUUUGCUGUCUCUGACCCCGAGCCAGGCACGCCACUCUAUGACAUACUUUGACAAAAACCUAAACAAGCCGUUACCGGAACGCGAUUAUGCCUCGAACUGUGACAUCUUAAAGUUCUCCCACCCAAGCGAAUUUCUUCGAACCCUCAAGGAAAAUGUAGAUUUGUUCGUCUUCGCGCACGUCCUCGGCUGGUUCUUCAAGAGUUUCUUGUACCGUGACGUGUUUUUUUGCUGGCUGUGGAGCAUAGUGUUCGAGCUGUGCGAAUACGCCCUGGCCCACAUUCUCCCCAAUUUCAACGAAUGCUGGUGGGACCACCUCAUUCUUGACAUCCUCACCUGUAACGCCAUCGGUAUCUACCUCGGCCACCUGGUUAUCUACCUGUGUAAAACAGAGCUGUUCAAUUGGGCCGGCAUGAAAGAGCACGAUAACCGAAGUGUUUUCUUUAAAGCUUUAUGGCCCUACAGCGUGUCACCUCUCCACAUCUAUUUUGCCUCUCCUAGUGCAUUCUUUCAGUGCGUGCUCCUUCUCAUCAUCUCAGCUGUGGUCGAACUCAAUUGCUUCUUCCUAAAGGCCACGCUGUGGAUCCCACCGGAGCACUACCUGGUCACCGCAAGAUUGGGUGUCAUGCUCCUCAUCUCAUAUCCGGCAUCUAGGGCAUACUAUCGGUGGUGUUCUGGACACGGGGGCGCAGGUGACAUGUACUUAUCUCUGUGGACUUACUUCGCCAUUCUGGUCGCGGAAGUACUGGUGUCUUUGAAAUUCUCGCGAGAAAUAUUGGAAACGGCCGGCCAAACGCCAACCCCUGUCAAGGUGUCCGUCGUACUUCUUUCGCUAGCUCUCUUGGGAAGCCUUUUCUAUUGUCAGGUAUGGAGCCGCAGAAACAACCGCGGCGGUCGAACUCGCGUAGCGACCGUGUCGAAAUAAAAGACGACGCGACGAACGAAGGGCGCCAGCACACAUGUCAGGGACUUUGAAUAGGGGCCCUUCAUGUACGCGUGCUUUAAAAACAAGAAUAGGCCACAUCGACCGCAGUCGACGGGAGGGAUAAGGCGAUCCAUUCCGUGUCGAACCUCUACAUUCCAGACAAAAAGGGGCCUGAACUGGAUCGCGUUCUGUGCGUACAACUAAAAAAAGCCCAAGUUUUGGUGCUCUAUGCACGUUGACAGUCUGCCAAACGUUUUUUUCUUCAUUUUUUGCCAAAAUGCCGAGAGCUUCAACGACUGGCAAGCGUCAAUUCGCGUACUGGCACCUUCGUUUCCGUUCUGAAAAAGAAUGUAACGUGGGAGAAGGGCCGCGACGAGUGUGAUGGAAGUGUCAACACACAAACUUUCAGCGGACGAAACAGGUUUUAUCGGCAGAGACAAAACUUGCGAGUUUUUCCGCACAAAAAUACAUUUAUGCGCCGUGUAGAGGAGUACGAUGAUUCUCAGACAGAGGCGAAAGGCGAGGACUGCCCUGCAUAGUAGUGAACGACAUCAGAGACUUGAAAUAAAAAUACACUUACGUGCCGUGCAGGAGUAUGACAGUUCUCAGACAAACGAAUGCGAAGACUACCUUGCGCACUAUUGAA